AUGGAUGAUUUUAGAAGCUGGUAUACAGCUCCUCCUGGAGCAGAAAUUAAUGCCCAGAACGUGUUCAAAGAAGCUUUGGAUGCCUUUUCAGCCGAGUCAUCGGGAGAUCAGUCGAAAAGGGAAUGGAUUGUCAACUCUAAUCAUAACGAUCUUCAAUCCGUCUUUCAAACAGUCAUAGACGCCCGCCGCCAGUAUGAAAAGGACAAAGGGGACUCGAAAGUUCGAAGGGCGCUUAUCAGGGUGUCGGAGACGAUACAUCAUUAUGAGGGUAUCAUAGAUGUACUCGUUUCAUCGCAUCCCGAAUACGCAGCCUUAGGCUGGGGUGCCAUAAAGUUUCUAUUCGUUGCCGUGACAACCCAUGAAAAACUUAUUUACAAACUUUCUACUGGGCUGAGCGACAUCGCUGGUGUUCUGCCCCUUGCAGAACUCGUCAGAGAGUUAUAUCCUAUACCACACAUCAAGCGUGUGAUCGUUGCCAUCUACGCUCAAAUCUUGGAGUUCCUACUGCGAGCGCUCAAGUGGUACCAGGAAAGCCGGAUAAAACGCGCACUACACUCAAUCACACGACCAGCCGAACUAUAUUGGAACGAUAUACAGAACACUAUAGUUGCACUAUCCAAAUAUAUGUAUCAAUUGGCUGCAUUUAGCAGCUAUGCCGAGCUGCGAGAUAUGCACAUGGCCGCGCUAGAGAGUUCCCAUGAAAAUAAGCAACGUAUGGACCAGUUGAGCAACAAAAUCGAGGAGUUACGGGCCUUGAUUAUCAACAGGCAAUGCAUUGGCACACCGGCGAAGAUCCAGACCCGGCAGCGCCUCUCAUUAGAUCAACUACAUCAGGUCCUCGGUGCUCUUACCUCAACUCCUCUCCCCGACCCAGUGGAGAUACUCAAAUCAUCACUGGUCUCAUCGGAUAGAUAUCUCCAGAGAGCCUCGCACCGAAGGCCGGCGUUCUGGUUGAACAAGAAAAUCCAAGACUGGAACAGUAGCCGGCUCUCUUCCUUAGUGAUGGUGAAAGGGCCCAGUCAGGUACGGCUGCACAUGCAGAACUUCUGUGUUCGAUCUAUCGCGAUGCUUCGGGAGGCUGAGGUCCCAGUGAUAUGGGUCCUAAAAGGAACCGGUAGGAACGAAGCAACAUCCAUAGACGACGUGUCCACCGUCGAUCUGCUCAGAUAUCUCAUUCCCCAGGCCAUCACCCUCAACAAGAAGAUCCAUACUGAUGAGGAUCUAAGUGCGCUUCUUGCGGCUUACCGUGCUGCGAGAACCGAGGAUGAUUGGGUUAAUGUACUUGCAUCGUCCCUUGAAGGUAUCCCGCAGCUUUAUAUCUUUGUUGAUGUUGAAGUAUUAUCCCAGCACCAAGACGGAUUGUCAACAUUUUGGCCUUCGAGGUUACUGAAGAUGUUCGACGACUUCUCCGCGCGGAAUAUCAAUACUGUUAUCAGAAUAAUACUAGUAGGUUGUAGUACGCCUCUAGUUAACGAAGGCGAGGACUACCAAAAGUCAUUGGUGACUGUAGUCAAGGAGGUUUGGAAUUGGGGUUACUGGCUAGUGGAAAGCAAGUUCGUCCUCGCGAAAGACAGUUACCACGGCAAAAGCGAUGAUGCUAUCGACUCAGGCGCUUUCCAGUUAAGGUACACCCUAUACACUUAG